AUGAAAAGGUACAAUUACAUUGUCUCGACCCCACGGAGCAGAGAGGAGCGAAGGCAUCUAUGUGUUCGAGAGGUAGAAAACAACCUCUGUGGCGGGAUUUACCAGGUGUUCGUAACUCCUUGCGCUUGCGGUCCUGCGGAGGCGGUAUUACCAAUCUUGGCGGCGUUCGGUGAUUUUCUGCUUGGGCGGCCGAAUUUCGGCCUCCUGGUCCUGGCGCUCGCCGAGGAUCUGCUCGCCGUCGGCGGCUAUCUGGCUGGCGGCCGGGGUUUUGAUAUAGACGCGGGUCGGACGGGGAAAUUUCACCUCCGGUCUCUUAUUGGUGUAGUUACUGAUGUUGUUCAUGUGUGGGAGCUGUUGGAAAAUAGGGGGUGGAACUGGAAUUUAAACCUGUUGAAGGAGUUGUUCUCUGAUGAAGAUUGCACAUCUAUUCUGAGAAUCAAGUCUAUUAAUCAUACCAAAUCAGACAAAUGGAUGUGGGACAUGAAUGCAAAAGGAGACUAUCAAGUGGCCAAAGCUUAUUCAAGAUUUGUUGAAGGGAAAUUCAGAACCCUAGACAUUGCAGAGAGCAGUGGUCAGAAUGCUAAGAAUGUCAAUGCCAGAUUGAGAAGCUGGAGGCUCAACAUCAAAGGGAAAAUCAAACAUUUUAUCUGGAGAAGCUUCAACAAUACUCUACCUGUCAGCAAUAAUCUGAAGAAGAGGGGCCUUGAUGUGGACUGGGUUUGUCACAGAUGUGGAGAUGGGGUAGAAACCGUUGAGCACUUGUUCUUUCAAUGUGACUUGUCCAAGCAGGUGUGGAAAAUGGCUCCGGUAAACUGGGAUUUCUGCAAUGCAAGUACAGACAGUUUCAAAGUAUGGUGGGGGGAUGUAUGUUCGAUAAGCAAAAAAGAAAUAUCAGAGGCCCGUAUACAACUAACCACCUAUAUAUUAUGGUGGUUGUGGAAAUCCCGUAACUUGUGGAUUUUCAAAAAGGAAUGGAUGCCAGUCCACGUUGUAAUCAAAGUUGCAGUGGCCGACUGGCAGGAAUUUUUGGAGAAGAACAAGCGUGGAUGA